CACGGCCCGCCCAAGGCUCUGUGCCGCCGCUCUUCGCAGCGGCGGGAGGAGACGGAGUCGGUGUUGCCACCGGCUGAGCUCCAGUCCUCUCAUUUGCCCUUGUUCUCCCGGCUGGGCCGUGGAGCUGCCCCCCUCCGUUCCCCGGAGGUAUAGGGCAACGAUGCAAGGCGGGGCCUCCUCCCCGUAGCCGCCGGCUCCUCACCUCAGCCCCGAGGCGGCCCGCAGGGGGGUGACGGCCCAGACCGCAGGUGAGGUUCGGUCCGGCGGCUGCCGCAGCGAGGAAGCGUUUUCGAGGAAGGUCCCCCGCCGCCGCGGGCGGAGGGGAGGCGGCCGGGGCCAUGUGGCAAAGCAUCGGUCUGACCUUGCUGGUGAUAGUGGCCACCCUGGCCUGCGUGCUGCUCUUCAUGCUGUGCGGCUGGUACGUGGUCUGGCAGUUGUUUUUGUCUAAAUUCAAAUUCCUGAGAGAGUUGAUAGGUGAUACGGGGUCCCAGCAGGGAGACAACGAGCCUUCAGAGACUGAAGCUGAACAGGAAACUCCACCCUCGCCUCAGAGGGCAAAAUCUGCUCGACAGCGACGGGCACCUACAGAAGACACAACUUAAAAGUGCUCCACUGAACUUCUGACUAACUCUGAGUGGUUAAGCACCUGUGCACUGUGUCCUUCAGUGGUUUGAUCUUACUGAGAAACUGACUGGGGAGGCAAUCCCUGUAAUACCCGUGGACCUUCACUUCUGAACUACCACUGUAUGCUACUUCAGGAGGGGUUCGGGGAGGGCUUCAGCAGCAAGCCACAGAAUACUGGAAGAAAGGAGGAAUGUGAAAAAUCUCCAUCAGAAAAAGGCUGAGCUGCUGUAGCUCCUGUCUCCACACAGAUUCAAAAGAGGUCCUGGACCUUAGGCUUAGCCUUUGUGUUAGUCUGAACACCGUAAACAUUUCAGACUUGAAAUGGUUUCUAAAUUAUUUUUUCUUUGCAGCACUGUAAGUACCUAUAGUGAAAUGGAGUUUUAUUUCCUUAGCUAUAUAUGAAUAGAUAUAUAUAUUU